CAAACAGCGGACAUCGUGCGGGGGUCAGUCGUGUCUCCGAUCCACAGCAGCAGCAAAACGGAAAGACGGAUGAGUCGCUAGAAGUGUUCCUGCUUCUCCCACUCCCUUCCUUCGCACACACGAGCAGCAGUAAUACAAUCAGGAAUUAUUACACCAUCAUGAUGUGGCAGGCGGUAUUCCUAGGACUCGUAACGCUGGCAGGAGCAUCGACAGGCUCAUACGAACCCGUCAACCUAUUUCCCAGCGCUGGAUCGGGAGCAAACAGCAGUCCCAACAUCGGUUACGGCACGUUUACGAGCAGUGCAAACGGAGGCUAUGGUACUGCCUCGCAAGGCAGCAGCAAUGGUUACGGCACCAACAGCCAAGCUAGCAAUGGCUAUGGUGUCAGUAACCAAGCUAGCAAUGGCUAUGGUGUCAGUAACCAAGCUAGCAAUGGCUAUGGUGUUAGUAACCAAGCGAGCAGUGGCUACGGUGUUAAUAACCAAGGUAGCGAUGGCUACGGAAGUAACACCCAAAGCAACACCGGCUAUAGUAACAACGGUAACCAAGGCAACGGCGGCUACGGCAUCAGCAACCAACAGCAGAGCACGGGCUACGGCACUCCCGUUCAGGUUAGCGACGGCUACGGCAACGGUAACCAAGGCAACAAUAACCAAGGCAACACUGGCUACGGCACAGGCAGCCAAAGCUACGGUACCCCAUUGGCAACCAACAAUAACGUGGGCAGCGGUGGAUACGGCAGCAGCAGCAGCAGCACCUACAACAUCGGCGGGCUCUCGGCCCAGCCUCUCGCCUCCGGAUACGGACAAACAACCAACUUUCCCGACUACGCGACGACGGCGACGUACGGGCCGACGAGCGACGGUGGUUACCACGCGUCGGGCAAUCGUCGGACGCAGGUCAACGUCGACGGCGACGGCAAGCAGGGUGCGUCGCUGUACGGCAGACAGGAUGCGGAGAAGACGCAGACGCGCUUCGCCUCCAGCGGCUACUCGCUAGGGAGAAGCGAUCGCAAAUCAUUUACACGCAGCCGAAGACGCUCUACGACCUGGAACAGACGGGCGCGUUAGACGGCUACGAAGACGUACUCGCGGCCUUCAAGGGCGCGGCUGAGGCCCCCCCCCCCCGCCCCUGGGAGAGCUACGUCCCACCAUCGGGUGACGAAGGGCGACAAGGGAGGGGCUCGGCGGGACGGCAGGACGGCGGCCAGGGCGUCGGCAGCCGACGCGCCGGACUCGGCUACGGAAACGAAAACGGCGGUAGUGCGGCGGUGGGAUUCCAGAGCAAUUUCGGGGGUGGUGUACCGUUCGGGCCGCGAAUAGCGGCAGUUCGCGGUAAGCCACCGCGAAGUAGGGAUACGGCGGGGUAAUACCGGAGC